GGGGCCCCGCAGCGCCCGCAGCCCAGCCGGCCAGCGCGCAUGGCCACGCCCGGAGCCGCGGCGCCCGGCGGGGCGCGGGCAGCGCUGGAGGAGCCCGGCCCGCCCCCGCCGCCCGCCCCCGGCGGCCCCCCGCCCGCGCCGCCCCCGGCCCCGGGCGAGCAGCUGGCGCCGGCCCCCUGCGCGCCGCCGCCGCCGCCGCCCUGCGCGCCGCCCGAGCCCAAGCUGCUGCCGCCCCAGGCGCCGCCCGCCGCCCCGCCGGGCCCGGGCCCGGAGGACUACUCGUUCCUGCCGCUGGUGCACGACAUCAUCAAAUGCAUGGAUAAAGACAGCCAGGAUGUCCACCAGCUGUUGAACGAGCUGAGGACCAAAUUCGUGGAGAUGCACAAGAUGAUCAAAACCAUGCACGGCAUUGGCCUGAGCCCGGAACAGCAGCAUCAGCAGCUGCAGCAUCUCCGGGAACAAGUGAAAACGAAGAACAAAUUGCUGCAGAAAUACAAAAGCCUCUGUAUCUUUGAGAUCCCCAAGGAGUAAAGGAAAUACCACUCUGCCAACGGACAGUUCCCCUAGAGCAGUGUUUCCCAACCUUGGCAACAGCUGGCUGGGGAAUUCUGGAAAUUGAAGUCCACCCAUCUUAAAGUGGCCAAGGUUGAGAAACA